CAUAGCGAAAACGCAACGUACCAAUGGCGAGCUUUAAUUUAGUUCAGACGCCAGCGAGUUGUUGUCCUCAAAUGCGUGGCUUGCGCACGCCGCCUCAGGUGGCGUGUUGUCAAGCAUCUCGCCACGCAGCAGCUCCUGUGGCCUACUCGACGGUGCUAGCUGCAGCCUGGCUGGCCACAGCUCGUAAUCCGACCUCCUUACUCUGCCUAGCGCUGCCAUCCAGCAGUGCUAGCAGCAGUCAGGGCGCUUCCUCGCAUGGUACCAGCACCAGCAGCAGCCGCGAUACACCGGCCCCAUACAAGUGGUCAUGGCAGGAGGACCUCGAACCUACUGCAGCACUGGAGCUUGACCUGUCCGCUGCCCCUACACUUCGAACCAUACCGGAAGUCACUGCAUGGCUGCAGGCAGCCGCCGCCAACGCACCACCCCGUGCCACCCUCACCGCCGAGUCAGUCGCCCUGCUCAAUGCUGUAGUACACCGGCUCUUGCCGUACAGCAGCACCCCUGCCACUGCGGGCGGGGCCACAGCAACAGCAGCAGCAGCGGAGUGUACGACAAGCGAGGCAGCGCGCCUUCUGGAGGUGUACAGCAAGGUUUCCUCGUCGCAGGGCCGGACUGAGCCUGCAGGCGACCUAGCGCCCCCUCCGCUGGUGGCGUCGCUGUUGACGUGUCUCUGCACUCCCCAGCCUGCCGGCAGCAGCGGUGCCAGCAGUGCUAACGGAAGCACAGCUAUGGAGGCAGCGUCUGCUCGGGAGCUGGCUGACUUGUUGUGGGCGGUUUCGGAGCUCCAGGAGGGGCUGCCAUGGGACGAGCGUACGGCAUCCGUACCCUCAUCGUCAUCGGCGUCAUCGCCUACAUCAGCAGAAGCAGCAGCGAUAGUAGAGGAGGCGGCAACGACAGUGCCUGCGACGCUGCAACGUGCAGUGUCAACUCGGCUCCGUAACCAGGACUUCCUGGCUCCAGAUUUGUGCCGUGCGGUGUGCGCCCUCGGCAGCCUCGCAGCAGUUACCUCUGCUAUAACGCCUAGCAGUGCAAACACCGCAGCAGCAACAACAGGAGCGUCGACAACAGGGCAGGGCUCACUUCCUUCUGCUGUCGCAAGCAGCAAGGGCUUUCAGCUGAAUCCGGAUCUUGUGAAGGAGCUUAAUGAGGAGGUCCGGUUCCAGCUCACCGAGUUCCAUGCGGAUUUUGAGGCGUCUGAUUUGGGUCGGCUCAUUUCCGGCAUGGGGCGGCUGGGGCUGGGGGCGGCUGUGGCAUCGGACGAGGAGUACCGCAGAAUUCUCAUGAAGGCUGUGUACGGCAAGACGCGGUCCA